AUGCCCAAGACACGACGACUCCUUAGAGGCCAAGAGAUAACUUACUCUGUUGCCAAGGAACUAGAAUCAAAUGUUCUUCAUCGAUUGACAUACUAUGAACAGCAGAACCGUUUCUUUACUCAUCUUAGCGAACGGCGCGAAUGGAUAAGAACCAUUGUUGCUCACCAUCUGGGUCUAAAAUCAUCUGCCAAAUGUCAUGUAGGAGAAAUGCAAGACUGGCGACAUGGCAGCUUUAAUGUCUGUAUCCCCGUGAUAGUGGAUGAUUGGAAUGGAAGUCGUGUCCUCGUCCGGUUUCCUCUUCCAUACCGCGUGGGUGAAGCUUUUAACCCUGGCAAUAGCGAUGAGAAAAUUCGAUGCGAGGCAGGGGCCUAUGCGUGGCUUCAAGAGAACUGUUCAGAUGUGCCAAUUGCGAAAUUGUAUGGCUUCGCAUUGUCUUCUGGCGAAACUUUCACUCGAUUCGAAUACUUACCAAGAUUUGCUCGAUAUUUUCAUAUCUUACGUUGCCGGCUUCUGUCGUGGCUAGGAUAUCCGACACCUUCGAGCUACGUACGUCACCAGUACACUGAUCAGCUUUCAAGUGAUGUAGGAGGUACUGGCUAUCUUCUGUUGGAGUAUAUUGAGGAGACCCAAGGGAAAAUGCUCUCAGAAACAUGGAUAGAUGGCUAUCAUAAUGCCAAGCUGCGAGCAAACUUCUUCCGUGGCCUUUCUCGAAUCCUUUUAAGCAUUUCCCGGAUUCCCUUGCCCAAAAUCGGUUCUUUCAUAAUCGAUAGCAAUGGAUUCUUAUGUCUAUCGAAUCGACCACUUUCGGCUGAGAUCCAUCAGCUGGAGAAUGAGAACAUCCCGACAGAAAUGCCUCGCAACUACACAUAUUCGACUGUUGAUUCCUACGUUCUGGACGAGCUAUCAAUUCAUGACAGUCGAUUUCGAAAUCAACCCAACGCCGUGAAUGACCUGGGAGACUGCGCCUAUCAACUUGCCGCACUAAGUGCAAUGCGAACAGUCUUCCCACCAUUUUUCAGGAGAGAUUUUCGUCGCGGCCCGUUCACAUUUCACCUGACGGACCUUCACCAGAGUAACAUAUUCGUGGAUUCUGAAUGGAAUAUAACUUGUCUCGUUGAUUUGGAGUGGGCUUGCUCCAGACCAAUCGAAAUGCUGAUGCCCCCUCACUGGCUGACAAACAAGGGUAUAGAUCAGCUGGAGACGUCAGAAUACGAUUCUAUCCGGACAGAGUUUAUGGACAUACUCACCGAGGAAGAAAAGGAGCAUAAACUCGAACUCGCUACAUCGAGAGAAUCUCAUAAUGCAGAACUAUCUCUGUAUCUUUCAGAUAUAAUGAACCGAACUUGGGAGACAGGUACUUUUUGGUACACGCUUGCGCUUUCUAGCCCUUCUGGGCUUUUCAGAAUUUUUGACGAGCAUAUUCGACCUCUGUUUUGCUCCAAAUACGGCGAAGAAUUCAAUCUAGUCAUGCCAUUCCUUUGGGAGAAAGAUAUUGCUUAUGUUGUUCGAAGCAAAAUCUGUGACAAGAAACAGUAUGAUGACGAGCUCCGGGAAGCAUUUGAAGACUAG